GGGGCCCUCAGCCAGGGGCGCGCCAGGCCAGCUGCGGUGGGACUGACUGUGCGCCCCGGCCCGCCCGGCCGGCCACGGGGAGGGGCGGGGUCCCGGCUAGACGCUUGGCCCCGCCCUCAGCCGCGGCCGGGCGCCGGGCUCGCGCGCGCAGGGUCCAGGGCGCACGCCCAGCGGCCCUGGAGGCCCCGCCCCGGGGAGGUGAGCGCCACCUUCUGCGGGAGCGACCCGGGAGCCUGCGGCCGGGGCGCGCCCCGCCCCUCGCGAGUAGUUUCCCGGCGCCGCCGCCGCGCCGCACUCGGCCGUCCGUCGCCGCCGCCGCUCACCUGCGCUCGCUGCGCGCCGGGCCUGCCCGCCGCCGCGACCCGCCGCCCCCGCCGUGCGCCACGAUGAACUCGCUCUUCAGGAAGAGAAACAAAGGCAAAUACAGCCCCAAGGUGCAGACCCGGAGCAUCUCCAACAAGGAGCUGUCCGAGCUGAUCGAGCAGCUGCAGAAGAAUGCCGACCAGGUGGAGAGGAACAUUGUGGACACGGAGGCCAAGAUGCAGAGCGACCUGGCCCGGCUGCAGGAGGGCCAGCAGCUCGCGCACCGGGACGUGACCCUGCAGAAGGUGUCGGACUCCGAGAAGCUGCUGUAUUUGCUGGAGGCAGACUCGGCCAUCGCCAAGCAGAUGAGGCAUCCCCAGGGGGACAUGAUCGCUGAAGACAUCCGGCAGCUGAAGGAGCGUGUGACCGACCUCCGCAGGAAACACAAGCAGAUCUACAGCCUGGCCGUGAAGGAGGUGGACCCGCAGGUCAACUGGGCGGCACUCGUGGAGGAAAAGCUGGAUAAGCUGAGCAGCCAGAGCUUUGGGACAGACCUGCUGCUAGUGGACCAGCAGGUGGAGAAGCACAAUAUCUUCCACAACGAGGUCAAGGCCAUCGGGCCUCACCUGGCCAAGGUCGGGGGCAAGGAGCAGAACAGUGACCUCCAGGCCAAGUACCAGAAACUGCUGGCAGUGUCCGAGGCUCGGCAGCGGCACCUGAGCUCACUGCAGGACUACAUGCAGCGCUGCACCAACGAGCUGUACUGGCUGGACCAGCAGGCGCACGACCGCAUGCAGUACGACUGGAGUGACCGCAAUCUGGACUACCCCAGCCGCCGGCGCCAGUACGAGAAUUUCAUCAACCGGAACCUGGAGGCCAAAGAGGAGAGAAUCAAUAAGCUUCACAGCGAGGGUGACCAGCUGCUGGCUGCCGAGCACCCCGGGAGGAACUCCAUUGAGGCGCACAUGGAGGCUGUGCACGCAGACUGGAAGGAGUACCUGAGCCUGCUCAUCUGCGAGGAGAGCCACCUGAAGCACAUGGAGGACUACCACCAGUUCCACAAAGACAUGAAGGAUGCUCGGGAGCUGCUGUGCAAGGUGGACUCAGACCUGGACCAGAAGUACAGCCCUGACUUCAAGGACCGAUUCCAGAUCGAGCUGCUGCUGCAGGAGCUGAGUGACCAGGAGGAGGCUCUGGACAAGUACGAGCAUGUGGUGCGGGGCCUGCAGAAGCGAGGGCAGCGGGUGGUGCCCCUCAGGUACCGCCGGGAGACGCCGCUUCAGCCCAUCCCUGUGGAGGCGCUCUGCGACUUUGAGGGCGACCAGGGCCCGAUCUCCCGGGGCUGCAGCUAUACCCUGCAGAGCAACAAUGGGGAGAGCUGGGACCUCACCGACAGCGCGGGUAACAAGCUGAGCGCCCCCGCCGUCUGCUUCGCGGUCCUCCCCACCGACCCCGAGGCCCUGGCUCUGGCUGACAGCCUGGACAGCCGGUUCCGGAGUGUGCAGCAGAAGGCAGCGGUCAGCAGAGGGGCCCUCCAGCAGCGCUACCAGGUGCUGAAAGCAGAGAACCCCGGAGAUGCUUCCGACUUGCAGGGGCGGCAGCUGCUCGCUGGCCUGGACAAGGUGGCCAGCGACCUGGACCGGCAGGAGAAGGCCAUCACGGGGAUCCUGCGGCCGCCACUGGAGCAGGGCCGCGCGGUGCAGGACAGCGCCGAGCGGGCCAAGGACCUCAAAAACAUCACCAACGAGCUGCUGCGGAUUGAGCCUGAGAAGGCGCGCGGCGUGGCGGAGGGCGAGGCGUUCGUGCGGGCCCUCCCGGGCAGCGGCAGUGCGCCCCUGCUGAGGACCCGGGCGGAGGACACUGAGCGCAGAUACGAGCGCCUGGCGCAGCUGCUGCACUCGGCCCAGGAGAAGUUAGAUGUCGCCAACCGCCUGGAGAAGAGCCUGCAGCAGGGCUGGGAGGUGCUGGCUGUGUUCGAGAACCAGCUAGCCCAGGAUGACACGGUGCCUGAGCCCGGCCACGCCUUGGACAGCAGGAGGCAGGAGCUGGUGGCCCUGGUCUCCGAGCUGCAGGCCCAGAAGCCCCUCCUUGCUGAGGUGGAGCGGAACCUGCAGGCAGCCAGGCAGUGCUGCAGCUCACUGGCCAGCCGCUUCCAGGAGCACUGCCCCGACCUGGAGCGCCAGGAGGCCGAGGCGCACAAGCUGCACCAGCGCUUCGACAGCCUCCGCCAGCAGGCUGAGCUCAGGGCCCAGAGCCUGCAGAGCGCCAGGGCCGCUUACGACGACUACCGCGCUGGCUGCGACCGUGUGCUCCAGCUCCUGUCCCGCACCCCCAGCUACGAGCCCCGGGAGACAGACAGCCUCAGCCAGGUGGAGACCAAGCUGAACAAUCAGAAGAACCUGCUGGAUGAAAUAGCGGGAAGGGAGCAGGAGGUGCAGAGCAUCUGCGCCCUCUCCCAGCGGUACCAGCAGGCUGUCAAGGACUAUGAGUUAGAAGCAGAGAAACUCAGGUCCCUUCUUGACUUGGAGAACGGAAGGAGCGGCCACGUGAGCAAGAGGGCCCGGCUGCAGUCCCCCGCCGCCAAAGUGCGGGAGGAGGAAGCGGCUCUUACUGCCAAGUUCGCUGAAGUCAACGCCAUCAACAGACAGAGACUGCAGAACCUAGAGUUUGCUCUGAAUCUACUGAGACAGCAGCCAGAGGCAGGCGUGACCCAUGAGGCCCGGCAAGGGAGCCAGCCGGGCUCGGGAGGGGAGGAGACGUGGAGGCUUCAGAAGGAGCUGGAUGAGGAGUCCGAGCGGAGGCAGCAGCUGGAGAAAGAGGUCCGGAGUGUCCGGGAGGAGGUCCAGGUUCUGCAGAAUCAGAGCCCCCAGGAAUUGGUGGUGAGGAAGGAGGUGCUGAAGAAGGUGCCGGAGCCUGGGCUGCAGGAGAGCUUCCAGCAGAUGCAGCGGACUCUGGCGGACGAGCAGCACAAGAACCAGCUGCUGCGGGAGGAGCUGCAGGCGCUGCGGCAGCGGCUGCGCGCCCUGGAGCAGGAGGCUGCGGGCGGGGGGCAGGAGUUCGUGGUCACGGAGGUGCUGCGCAUCGAGCCGGACAGAGCCCAGGCGGACGAGGUCCUGAGGCUGCGGGGGGAGCUGGAGGAGCUGCGGCGGCAGAAGGGCACCCGGGAGGCAGAGGCGGCCCUCCUGCAGCGGCGCAUCACCGCCCUGGCCCGGGAGAAGGACCGGGCGCAGGAGAGGGUCACCGAGAAGGAGGUGGUGAAGCUGCAGAAUGACCCCCAGCUGGAGGCGGAGCUCCAGCAGGUGCAGGAGGACCAGGAGCGGGAGGCCAGGCUCCGGGAGACGCAGGAGGAGGAGCUGAGCUUCCUCCAGGACAAGCUCAAGAGGCUGGAGAAGGAACGGGCUAUGGCUGAGGGGAAGAUCACAGUCAAGGAGGUGCUCAGGGUGGAAAAGGAUGUGGCCGUGGAGAGGCAGGUCGGUGACCUCAAGCGCCGGUACGAGGACGAGGCUGCCAGGGCCCGCGCCAAGCAAAGGGAGAAGACUGAGCUGUGCCGCAAGAUCUGGGCCUUGGAAGAGGAAAAUGCCAAGGUGGUGGUGCAGGAGAGAGUGCGCGAGAUCGUCCGGCCCGACCCGCGGGCCGAGCGGGAGGCGGCGGACCUGCGCCUGGAGCUCGUGGAGCAGGAGCGCAAGUACCGGGGCGCCGAGGAGCAGCUGAAGAGCCACCGGAGGGAGCUGGAGGCGCUCCGGCAGCGGGGCCCCCAGGUGGAGGUCAGGGAGGUGACCAAGGAAGUCAUCAAGUACCAGACCGACCCCGAGGUGGAGGAGGAGCUUCAGAGGCUCAGGGAGGAGAUCGUGGACAAGACCCGGCUCAUCGAAAGGUGCGGCCUCGAGAUCCACCAGCUGAAGCGAGAGAUCCAGUCCCUGAAAGACACCAAACCCCAGGUCCAGACCAAGGAGGUGGUCCAGGAGGUCCUCCAGUUUCAGGAGGACCCCCAAACCAAAGAGGAAGUAGAGUGUUUGAGGGCCAGACUGUCAGAGGAGCAGAAGCAGCAGGUGGACCUGGAAAGGGAAAGGGCUUCCCAGGAGGAGAAGGUCGCGCAGAAGGAGCAGGAGCUUGCCCGGGUGAGGGAGAAGGUGGUCCAGCAGGAGGUGGUCAGGUACGAGGAGGAGCCCGGGCUGCGGGCCGAGGUGGACGCCUUCACGGAGAGCAUCGACGUGGAGCUGCGGCAGAUCGACCGCCUCCGCGGGGAGCUGCGGCGGCUGCAGCGCCGGCGGGCCGAGCUGGAGCAGCAGCUGGAGGAGCUGCCGCGGGAGCGGCAGGCGCGCAGGGAGGCCGAGCUGGAGGUGCAGCGCCUGAAGCGGCGGCUGGCUGAGCUGGAGGAGGAGGAGGGGGAGGCCCGGGGGGCGGUGGUGCCGCGGCAGGACCCCCAGCAGGCCGGGGAGCACGCUGUGCUCAAGCUGCAGCUGGAAGAGGAGCGGCACCGGCGGCAGGUCCUGCACAGCGAGCUCGAGACCCUGAGAAGGCAGCUCGCCGCCCUGGAGAAGGCGGAGGUCAGGGAGAAGGCGGUCUUCUCCGAGCGCGUCCGGGUGGAGAAAGGCGACACGGAGCAGGAGAUCCAGGAGCUCAAGGGCAGCCUGGAGGAGGAGAGGCGGGGCACGCGGGAGCUGGACGCCGACGUGAGCCGGCUGGAGGCCAGGCUGUCGGAGCUGGAGUUCCGUAACUCCAAGUCGUCCAAGGAGCUGGACUUCCUGAGGGAAGAGAACCACAAACUGCAGCUGGAGCGGCAGAACCUGCAGCUCGAGACCCGAAGGCUCCAGUCAGAGAUUGAAAUGGCAGCGACAGAGACCCGGGACUUGCGACACUUGGCCGCGGGGGGCUCGGUGGGGAGCCCCGACUCCCGACUCUGGUCCCUGGAGCAGGAGCUGGACGCCCUCAGGAGGCUGUCCAAGGACAAGGACCUGGAGAUCGGCGAGCUGCAGAAGCGCCUGGGCUCCACGGCCGUCAAGAGGGAGCAGCGGGAGAACCACCUGCGGCGCUCCAUCGUGGUCAUCGACCCCGACACCGGCCGGGAGCUGUCCCCGCAGGAGGCCCACCGGGCCCGUCUCAUCGACUGGAACAUGUUUGUGAAACUCAGGAGCCAGGAGUGUGACUGGGAGGAAAUAUCGGUGAAGGGUCCCAACGGGGAGUCCUCGGUGAUCCAUGACCGGAAAUCCGGCAAGAAGUUCUCCAUUGACGAGGCCCUGCAGACCGGAAGGCUGAGCCCGGCUCAGUAUGACCGCUACGUCAACAAGGACAUGUCCAUCCAGGAGCUGGCUGUCCUGGUGUCUGGGCAGAAGUAGCCACCACCCUGCCCUCUGCCUCCAUGGAGGCAGACAGCUGGCUCUCCUGCCCAGUGCCCUCCUCCCUGGCCCUGGGUGGGCUCCCGGUCCAUGCAGAGCCAAGCGUGCUACCCACACCCUCGCCGUCAGGCUGCUCAGAGCCCGCACACCAAUCAGCAGGACGGGCACUGGCCGGACUGUCGCUCAGCCUGGGUGACUGACCUGCUUUUCCUCCGAUGAUGUGGCAGCCACCCUGCCCGUCUUUUCCCUCCUUUUCCUACAGUGGACUGCAGUGGUCUCAAUAGGCUCCUGGUGUGGCACCUGGGAGCAAUCCAAACACUAACGCAGGUGACUAAGGCGGACAAGCCCCCUCCACGGCAGCAGCCUUCACACCCGGGUGGGGGCUCCAGGGCAGAAAGGCAGCCACCACACACCUUCCUCUUCAUCAGAGGACUAGGCCCCUCCGGGAUUCUGGCUCAGAGCUGACCUCCUGCCCCAGGCCCUCUGGGGAGGCAGAUCAGGGCCCUGCCCCAGAAGACGGCAAAGAAAACACAAGUGUCUGGCCCUUGGUGCCAGAGUGAAGGUGUCCUGUCAGCCGGCCUGUCCAGGAAAAGGCACCAUCGUCAGCGUGUCUGGCUCUGCAGUGACUUUCACCGUGGACAGUGCUGCAGUCAGUCUCAGCGUCAGCGCCUUGCAAGCCUCGCUUAUCGUCUCGUUGCUGAGGUGCACUACCCAGUGGACUUCUCGCCGGAUGAAUUUCAGGUUCUCUCUGUCUCAUGUAUUAUGUGGGAAAACGGGAAGUAGGGAACUCUAUUGAUAGCACAAAAAUAAACACCUGGUGGCUUGAUUCUGA